UGGUAACAAAAUCAGAAUCAUUUCUUGGAGGUUUAUUUUCUUGUGGUAUGACAGAAAAAGUAGUGGAACUUAGCAGUGAUCUCCAGAGUGUGUUAAAUAACUUCAUUCAUCUGAAGGAGUUUUGCCAUGAAGCACAAAAACAGCAAGCAAAAAUGGAGAAGAUGGUGGAUCAACUGCAAAAGGAGCUGCACGAGUGCCGUGCUGCUGAGAAAGCAGAACGAACAAAACUGGCUGAGAGCAGACAUUUGCUAGCAAUGCAGCAGGAUUCCAUCAACAAGCUUCUGUCUGUGAAAGCUGAAAAUGCCAAACUGUCAGAAACAGUUAAGAACCAGGAACUGAAACUGCGGCAGCUGAAGUCAGACCUGGAACAAGAGACAUUCAUGUGGAAGCAGAAAAUGGAAGUUACAUGUCAGGAACAUGCAAGACGUCUUGAAGAACAAAGGGUUGCACUGCAACAAAAGGGAGACAGAAUGAGCAAUGAGCUGAUUCAUGUUCGAGCACAGCUGAAGGCCUUGCAAGACGAGAAAAAUGAGAAGAUUAAUCUUGUCACACAAACAUAUGAAGAAAAAAUUACAUCACUGGAGAACCAGUUAAAUGCAGCAAAGAAAGAAAAUCAUCACUUGGCAGAAAGAUCUGCAGCCAGUAGUGCUCUUUAUAAUCAGAAACUGCUGGAACUAGAACAGAAGAUCAAUUCAACCGCCACACCCACAGUGCAAGUUGAUGUUCCACUCCAACAAUCCAGAUGGAACUCUGUAGAGCUGAGAGAAACCACUGAAGAUGGGCCAGCACAACUCUCUAGGCCAGCUAUACGUCGCUCUGGAGUGACUUUUCCAGCUGUCAGAAAGAGACGCUUAUUUACAAAUAGUUCACUUAACUGCCUGUAAUGUUUUCGAUUGAUAUUUCGUCUCUGUAACAGAUAUAGAGGCAAAUACUUCCUGCAGUGAAAAUGAAAUCUGUCAUUUUAGGAAUGACAAAAUCAUAAUGACAACAGGGAGAGCUUCACCAAAUGGACUGUUGGAGUAUUUUAGUAUUAUGAUGAUAGUUGAGAUAUAUUCCAAUUUUUGAUUUUGUGUGAACUUUCUAUGGCUUACUAAAAGUGUCCAAUUUGAUAAUUUUGAAAAAUGUAUUUUGU